UUAGAGACAAUGAAUAUAGCAUUUAAAAGCUGGAUUUUUCUCAUAAUUUUGGUUGAUUCAGGAGAAACCUCGGCAGAAGAUAAGCCUUGUGAUUUGCCACUCAUAGAAAAUGGGAAGAUAGCCCAGUAUUAUUAUAGUUUUAAAAGUUAUUAUUUUCCAAUGAGUAAAGAGAAAAAGCUUUCCUACACCUGCGUGGCUGGCUAUACAACUGAAUCUGGGAGUCAAGAUGCAAGGAUAACAUGCACAGCAACAGGAUGGUCACCAGCACCAAAGUGUUAUAAAAAAUGUAGCAAACCUCUCUUGGAAAAUGGCAUCUUCUCUGAUACAAAAGUGUCCUACAAAAUAUGGGAACAAUUGUUGUACAGAUGUGCUUCCGGCUAUCAAACUCCAGGAGGUAAUGCUGAUGAAACAGUGCAAUGUCUUCCAGAAGGAUGGUCUUCUCACCCAAGCUGUGCUAAAAAGUUUGAUAGGUGCUUAGUACCAGACUUACAUCACGGCCACUACUCCACAACCCAGCGGAUCCUCAAACUGAAUGAAACACUGAUGUAUGAAUGUGAUGAGGGAUACCACACCAGAGGAGGAAACACUAUUGAAAAGGCAGUCUGUCGCACAUAUGGAUGGUCCCUUACUCCGAACUGCACUAAAGUAACGUGCUCCUUGUUAAGUGAGAUAGAACAUGGGAAUUUCUAUCCCAAGAAGAAAAGCUAUGAGGAAGGAGAUGUGGUUCAGUUUUUGUGUCAGAAAAAUUACUCUUUGAAUGGAUCUGAUUUAAUUCAGUGUUAUGACUUUGGAUGGUAUCCAGAGCCUCCAAUAUGUGAAGAUAGAAGAAAUAAAUGCCCGCCUCCACCUCAGCCUCCCAAUGCCAAUAUAUUCACAGAUUUAAGAACAUAUCAUAAUGGAGCCAAAGUACAUUUGGCAUGUCAGCUUAAUUUUACAAUGAGAGGAUCAGAAGAAAUCCAGUGUGAGAAUGGAAAAUGGACUUCACCCCCAAGUUGCAUUGUUUCAGAAGUCAACGAAAAAAUACCAUGUGAUCAGCCACCUCCUAUUGAGAAGGGUACAGCAAUAACUGAGGACAAGAUGUAUUACACAGGAGACACUAUUAGAUACAGUUGUGAUCAUGGCUACAGUAUAAAUGGAUCAAAUGAAAUAACCUGUAAAAUGGGAAAAUGGACAUCACCUCCUAAAUGUGUUGAAACGCGGGAAACCUGCCCCUCUCCACCUGCAGUUAAAAAUGGUGCUAGUUUUGGACCAUUAUUGACAAACUACACAGCAGGUUCCUCAGUAAAAUACAGAUGCCAUCGGUACCACAUAUUGGAGGGUCCUGAAACUGUUCAUUGUGUACAAGGAAAAUGGACAGCUCAGCCAACUUGUUUAGAACCAUGCACUCUUAAUGUGGAUGAUGUGAGCAAUAACAACAUAGAGAUGAAAUGGAGACUGGAAGGAGAAUUAUUUUUCCUGCAUGGUGACACGAUAGAUUUUGUAUGUAAACAGGGAUACUAUUUGUCAUCCUCCAGCAGGCAGUCUCAGCUAACAGUACAGUGUACCCGUGGAAAACUCAGAUAUCCAACAUGCAUUAUGAAAGAUCCCAAAGAAAAAUGUGGCUCCUCCCCUGUUAUUAAGAAUGGAGAUGUUAUUGGCCCACGACUGACAGAAUAUGAGAAUGAUUCUUCAGUUGAAUAUACUUGUUUUGAUCAUCAUUUUUUGCAAGGGUCCAAUACAGUCUAUUGUUCCAACGGACAAUGGACUACCCCACCAGACUGCAUAGAACCAUGCACUUUAUCGAAGGAGGUAAUGGACAAAAAUAACUUAAUACUGAGAUGGAGUUUUGAUGACAAAUCUUAUUUUUUCCAUGGGGACUACAUUGAAUUUCAAUGUAAAGAGAAUCAUUAUGGAGCACCAUCAACCUCAGUGUUUGAUUUUAGAGUACAGUGUAGCAGAGGACAGCUGACAUAUCCAAGAUGUGUUGAGAGAGGAAGGUAAGACGUCAACAGCACUGAUGCUUCAAGGACUGUGAAAGAAGCCACAUUUUAGUUAGAAACCCAAUAAAAUGUUACUGAACUAUUUUUAAAGACCAAGUGUUUGACCUCAUAGCCCACUUAAAACUUAAACCUGUAUUUACACUGGAUAUUUUCUUGGUUUAUGAACCUUAAAUAAAAAAGUCAUGCAAAAAGCUUUAUUUGGUCUGUUGAUCUUCUUUUGGUAAUUCAAACCAUUUUCAGUUCAGUAAAACUGUCCUUAAUAUCAUGCAUAGACCAUAUACUUUCUAUGCAAGAUUUCUCAUAACAUUUGAGUAUUGGACUGUCCCCUGAACUGUGCAUGGAGAUCAUGUAGCUGGGAUUUGAACCUAACACUUAAGAUUUGGGGAAAAUACGAAGAGAUUAGAAUUUUUGCACCAAAUCCAUUACAUGUAUUACAAUAAAGAUGUUUAAAAAUACUUUAUAGAAGUUCCCGUGGUCUUCCCUCUGUUAUCUUAUCCUCCCCAAAAUCUUAGCUUUCUGCAAUUGUUGCUGAGACUUUUCUGUAAGUGAUCGCCUUAAUAAGAAAUGUCCAAUAUUGCAGCACCACUUUUCUGAGUGCUGUAUUUAUAAAGGAAAGCAUAGCUUAUCAAAAGAGAUUAUGGCACCUCAAGUAUGGAGUUGGAUGGAAAGUAGUGAGCAACAGGUGUGGUUCUAUGGGAAAAUUUCAACUUUGUCAAAAACAGGUUUUUAGCCCAAAAAAUGCAGUUUUCUAAAGAAAAAUCCAUUUUUGAGAAGUGUGUGUGUAUAAAUAAUGAAAAAAUAAAUGUGUAAAAAAAAAAAGCUGAUAGUAACCUUUUUUAUAUGAGAUCAAGCCAUGGCUUUGUAA